CGCUAUAAAAACACCCACAGCCCGUUCCGAGCUCAGAAUAACACUGGAGACUACACAGAGAAGUGCACAGCCUUUUUACUGUUCACUGCAAAAUCCCGAUCGCGCUUGGAUUAUAACUAUGACUCUGGAAGAGAUCCGCGGACAAGACAACGCAAUGGAAAAUGCUGAUAGGAUGCAAAGUGCAGGCGCAGCCCUGGAAGAGCUGCUGCUCGCUGCUAAGAAGCAGGACUACCUGACAGUUGGAGUUUACGAAUCUGCCAAAGUCAUGAAUGUUGACCCAGACAGCGUGGCAUUCUGCGUCCUCGCCACCGACGAAGAGUACGAGUGUGACAUCGCUCUUCAGAUCCACUUCACCCUCAUCCAGGCUUUCUGCUUCGACAACGACAUCAACGUGGUGCGCGUCAACGACAUCGAGCGCCUGGCCGACCUCGUGGGCGCAGACGAAACCGGCGAGCCCAAGGACGCGCACUGCAUUCUUGUCACGAGCCCCAGUGCAAACCCAUGGAAAGAUCCUGCUCUGGACAAGCUGAGUCUGUUCUGCGAGGAGAGACGCAGUGCCUAUGACUGGGUGCCCACCAUCACACUCCCUGAGCGCUGAAGUGACAGAACCUUAAAGAUGCUUCACAUGAUGAUGAUGAAGAUGAUGAAAAGAAAGUCAAGGAGCUGAGCUUCAACUGGGGGUCACGCCUUUCUGCCUCACUUGUCUGGAUUAUGAGGUUGUGGCUGCAGCCCCCCUCCCAUGCAAGAGUGCAACCCUUCCAGUGCAUUCUGGUUCAGUUGGUUCUGGAUUACCCUGUGGAAGGGUUCAAGUUCAGAGUCCAAGUGCAGACUGGGUCAGGUGUACGAGGAGUGGGCAGAGCGCCUGAGGAGGAGCUGGACUGUGCUGCAUAGUGCAUUAAAAGUGCAUUAAAAGAUAAGUGCUGACCAAGUGACUGCUCUAGAUAAAGGGCAUCCAGGAAGUCACAGAGAAGGAUACUGUGCAAGAAAUGGACUUACGAAAGUGCGCAAGCUGGACUGAAUCUCAUCAGAGGGGAACGACUCGGAUGCCGGUCCAGAAGAGGGUACCUGAAAGUGUCGAAACUGACUUUUCUCUUUUCUUUGUGAGUGCAGCCAUCAGGGAGUUCUUGGAUUGAGCAGAAACGCUGCUUGCAAAUCCUGAUUUGAGCUGCAUCUCCACCUGUGACACUUUUUCCACGGACUAUUAUUCUUACUUUCACAUAUGCAGACAGAGCAAUGCAAUAUGAAUUUGAAUUGUACUCAUUUGAAAUGUUCUUGUGAAUAAAUAUUUGGAAUCAAA